AAUUGAACGAAAAGAUUCCCGUUUCUGUACUUCAUUCAAUACCCCAGUUUGUUGUAUAUAUAUACACAAUACGGAACCAAGCCUCAAAAUGUGCCCACGUUAUUAGAACUAUAAUAUGCUGUUUAUGUGGCACCCUGACAGCCUUGAUCCACAAUCCACGCACAUGUCUUAUUAUUAUUGUUGUUGUUGUUCAUGGAUCUGUUUAUCAGCUGAUGUGUGCCCACCGUGCCCAGGGUCUCUGAGUAUCUGUGUAUACUCUGACUGAUUCUGAGGAUUGAGGCCACUUUUAACCUUCCACUGAGAUCAUCCCACCCAGCUAGUGACAUGUCUCCGGCUCUGGCCACCUCGCCCUCCCAGGACUUGGGUAAUUUUGAAUGCUCCGGGCCGUGUGGCGGGCCCUGGGCAAGGGUGGACGUGUUAUCGGCCUUCCAGACGGUGUUGAAGACUCAACCCGAGCUGUCGAUAGCCAUGGCAGCCAUUCGUGUACUCAUGCAGGUUUUGGCCGGCUGUCGAGCCGGAACCAUCCAGGAAUUGGUUGAAUUACUCCGAGCCGCCACCCAGGUCAUGAAGUGCAAGGCGGAUUGCUCGUCCACCUCCGUGGUGUCGGGUGGGGAGCUCUUUCUUCGAUUCAUCACCUUGGCCUCGGAGGCUUUGGAGCAGGAAGACAACUUUGAAAAUGUCCGAAAAAUCAUGAUGGAACGGGGAGAGCAAUUCUUGCGGAAGUUGAGCGAAUCGCGUCCUAAAAUUGCCAAGCUAUCGGCUCCUUUUCUUCGCCAUGGAACGCGGGUCUUAGUCCAUGCCCACUCCAAAUGCGUAUUUGAGUCGCUCAAGGAAGUGCAGAAAACUAAUCCCGAGAUGCAUCUGUACAUCACGGAAUCCAGUCUGGAUCACCAUGGACAUGAGAUGAAGAAAUCACUUGAUGAUUUGGGGUUUUCAACCACGUUAAUCCUGGACGCGAGUAUCGGCUAUAUUCUGGGUAAAAUGGACUUUGUUCUUAUGGGCGCCGAGGGUGUGGUCGAGACAGGAGGAAUUAUAAAUAAGAUUGGGUCAUACACAAUUGCGUUGUGUGCCAAGGCUCUUAAUAAGCCCGUGUAUGUGCUUUGUGAGAGUUUCAAGUUCGUCCGGUUCUAUCCCCUGAGUCAAGAAGACUUGCCCUCGGAGUUCAAGUUCUAUGCGAGUACGCUGGAAAAGACGAAAGACAUAGAAUCAGAACAUCCCGUCGUGGAUUACACCCCGCCCUCACUCAUCACCCUCCUCUUCACCGAUCUCGGAAUCUUGACCCCAUCGGCAGUCAGUGACGAACUAAUCAAGCUCUAUUUGUAACAUCGAAUAAGAAUAAAGAGAACCAAUUGCA